AUGCGGAACUUGCGCAACAUUCGAUUCAGCGCUUGGGAGCAGCAGCAGGCGGCAGACACCUCGGCCGCGGACGUGACCGCCUGCUGCUGGGACCCCGCCAAAGACGAGCUUCUCUGCACGACUGGGCCGACGGAGGCGAAAGCCACCAUCGAGCUGGUGAGGCUGACGGAUCACCACCAGCAACAGCAAAUUAAAUCAAACACAGUCACGAGCUGGGAUGCGCCGAGCCCCAGCCCGGACCUGCCCGCAGACAGGGUCGUCAGCCUCCAUCACUUCAGCGACACCCUCACCACCUGCGUGAUCCUCGAGGGCGGCGACAUCGUGACGGUACAAGAGGAGGACGACGGUGUUCAGCAUGGCGGCGAUGUCCAGAUCGAGAUCGUGGGGUCCAUAGACGCUGGCAUCGCCGCCGCACGGUGGUCCCCGGACGAGGAGCUGCUGGUCGUCGUGACCAAGGAAGGCAAUGCCGUUUUCAUGGGCCGGACGUUCGACCCCAUCGCCGACGUGGUAAUGACAUCUGACGACUUGAAGCUCUCCAAGCACGUCUCCGUCGGCUGGGGAAAGAAGGAGACGCAGUUCCAGGGGAAAGGCGCCAAGGCGAUGCGGGACCCCACGAUCCCCGAAAAGGUCGACGAGGGCCUGCCGAGCGCCAACGAGGAUGGGUCCGCGACGGUCAGCUGGCGGGGCGACGGCGCGUACGUUGCUGUCAACUCUGUCGCCGGCGGCGCGAGGCGGGUCGUGAGAGUGUACUCCCGCGAGGGCGUACUCGACAGCGUCAGCGAGCCCGUGGAUCACCUCGAGGGCGGGUUAAGUUGGAGGCCGUCGGGAAAUCUGAUUGCGGGCAUCCAGCGCUUCGAGGACCGGACCGAUGUCGUCUUUUUUGAGAGAAACGGGCUGCGGCACGGGCAAUUUACACUGCGGUGCGCCGAUGGGCCCCUCAGCGCGCACGAGAAGAUCCGGUUGGAGUGGAACUCGGACUCGACUAUUUUGGCUGUGAUUUUGAGUGACAGGAUACAGCUUUGGACGACGGGAAACUAUCACUGGUAUCUUAAGCAGGAGAUCCCUCUGGCGUCUGCGUUUGCUGGGUGGGCGUGGCAUCCAGAGAAGCCGCUGCGUUUCGUCGCUGCCACCACGGCAAUCGUGAAUGUGGCCGAGUACAUUUUUACCGUCUCCCGCGGAUCUUUGAGCCCUCCUUAUGACCAUGGAGCUGUCGCCGUCAUCGACGGACAGGCUGUCAAGUUGACGCCAUUCCGGACGGCACAGGUGCCUCCCCCCAUGGCCCUCUUCGAGCUCGACUUCCCCAGCAGCGCCUUGGACGUCGUGUUUGACCCGAACAACGUGCUUAUGGCGGUGUUGCACCGAAAGGGGCUCGACGUGUACGAAUGGCAGACAAAAGGGGAACGGUCGAUCAAGCCCAAAAAGCGGGCCAACAUCGCGUUUGAGACGGACGCCAAAACUCGGGUGCCUUUGCAGGUUGCCUUCUCUGGUGCCGCGGAAUGUUGCGUUCUCGUCUCUGAUGGAGGUCUUAAGCUCGAGAGCUACACUGUCGAGGCAGAUUCCAUCAGCGCCUCAGGAACCACCCAGCUCAGGCCCGCGGAAACUGUCUCAUCGCUCUUCAGCCGCGAAGGCGAUUCGGGUGUUGAAGCCUGGGCUCAAGACCGCUCUGGAAAGCUGUACUCGGUGGUUGGAAAGCAAGCCCCCGAGCUUCUAGGGACACAGCUUUCGAUACAGCUGCCGUGGUGCGAGCUGCACAACAUCAACGGCCGCAGUGUCGGGAUUGGAAUGACGAGGAACGCCCACCUCUAUGCCAACUCGAAACAGUUGGCAAAGAACUGCACUUCUUUUGUCGUCACCCCUGCGCAUAUCAUUUUAACGACCAACAAUCACUUCCUCAAGUUUAUCCACCUGGUAGACCCUGAAGAGAUGGAGGUCCCUGGAGAUGAUCCAGAGAUCGACGAGAGAUGCCGCAGCAUCGAGCGCGGCGCCCGCCUCGUGACGGCCACGCCAACCAACAUGAACCUGGUCCUGCAGAUGCCGAGAGGUAACCUCGAAACGAUAUUCCCCCGCGCCAUGGUCGUUGCGGGUAUCAGGCAGCUCGUCGACGAGAAGAACUACGGUAGGGCUUUUGCCUUUUGCCGCACGCAGAGGGUUGAUAUGAACAUUCUCUAUGAUCAUCAGCCAGGCCAGUUCCUGUCCAAUGUUGGUCUCUUCCUUGACCAGCUCAAGGAUAUUUCGUACAUUGACCUGUUCCUGUCGUCUCUCAGGGACGAGGAUGUCACGCAGACGAUGUAUAAGGAUACAAAACGCUCUACAAGAUCAUUCGAGCCUUCGGCAGAGACGCCGGCGCCCGCAGACGCCUCCACCAAGUCCAAAGUCAACAAGAUUUGCGACGCCAUCCUCAAGAGCCUGCAAAGCAAAAAGAGCACGAACCUGCAAAAUGUCAUCACUGCCCACGUCUGCAAGGUCCCGCCGGCCCUGGAAGACGGCCUCACCCUCGUCGCGGAGCUCAUGCAGGAAGAUGAGAAACUGGCCGAAAAGGCCGUCGAGCACAUCUGCUUCCUUGUCGACGUCAACCGCCUCUACGAUAACGCCCUCGGUCUCUAUAACCUCGACCUCGCCUUGCUGGUCGCUCAGCAGUCUCAGCGCGAUCCCAGGGAGUACCUCCCCUUCAUCCAGAACCUGCACAACCUCUCCGACCUGCGCCGCAAGUUCGAGAUUGAUGAUCACCUCGAUCGGCGGGCCAAGGCCCUGCUGCACCUCAAGGCCCUCGACGCGUUUGACGAGCUGGCCAAGUACACCACCAAGCACGCGCUCUACCAGGAGGCACUCGGCCUAUACCGAUACGACCAAGCGCGCCACCAGGCCCUCACGGGCCUGUACGCGAGCCACCUUGAGUCCAACUCAAAGCACCGCGAUGCAGGCCUCGCCUACGAGACGCUGCAGAACUUUUCCAAGGCCACGAGCUGCUACCGUGCCGCCGGCGUGACCUGCUGGCGCGAGUCCCUCUUCGCCGCGCAGCAACAAUCCCCCCCGCCGUCGGAGGAAGCCCUCGCGGAGCUGGCCUCGUCCCUCGCCGACGCCCUCUGGGAGGGCAAAGAGUACGCCGCCGCGGCCACGAUCCACGCCGACUACCUCGCCUCCCUCGAGACGGCCGUGAAAUGCCUCUGCAAGGGCUACCACUUCGCCGAGGCCCUCCGCCUCAUCGCCCGUGAGCGCCGCGCGGACCUGCUCCCCACGACCUUUGAUAACGGCCUCGUCGAGGCCCUGAGCAGCAGCACCGAGUUCCUUGCGGACUGCAAAUCCCAGCUCCUGGCGCAGGUCCCCCGCAUCGCGGAGCUCCGGCGCAAAGCAGCCGAGGAUCCUCUCGCGUUCUACGAAGGGGAGCGACCCGGUGGCAUGGGCGAUGUUCCCGACGACGUCUCGGUCGCCACCUCGCGCGUCAGCACGUCGGCGAGUCUGUUCACGCGGUACACGGGCAAAGACGGCAGCGUCGGGACGGCGGGGACGGGCGUCUCGCGCGCGACGUCCAAGAAUCGCAAGCGCGAGGAGAAGAAGCGCGCGCGCGGCCGCAAGGGCACCGUCUACGAGGAGGAGUACCUGGUCAACAGCGUCCGACGGCUGGUGGAGCGCGUCGAGGGCGGCGCGAAAGACGAGAUCGGACGGCUGGUCUUCGCGCUCGUGAGGCGGGGGAUGACGGAGCGUGCUAGAGCCGUGGAGGUGCUCAUGGCUGAGGUUGUCGAGGGGUGCAAGGCUGCUGUGCGGGAGGUUUUUGCUGUCAAGGAGGCGGAGCAGCAGGGGGAUGUUGUUGUCGGGCUUGAUGGGGAGACGUACCUUGCUUCUGGCGGGGAUGCCGUCUUUCAGGAGCACCUCGAGGCGAGGACGAAGAAGCUGGAGCCGCCUGUUCUGAGUGCCUUUCAGACGCUGACGUUGCUGGGAUCAUGA